UGUAGUUUUCAAAAAAAGGAUUUUUCCAUUGCAUUUCCGGGUGAAAUGUGUCUCACUUGAUGCACCUUCCUAGACCGUGCAGCAUCCAGCAUCCAAGGGGGGCUGACAGGUUUGCUGCGGCCGACGCUGCGGGUUCUAAAGUGAUUCCUCAUUCUAGCUGAGCUUGGACGGUGUCCAUCAUCAUGGGAGAGCUCUUCCGCAGUGAGGAGAUGACGCUGGCCCAGCUGUUCCUCCAGUCGGAGGCGGCCUACUGCUGCGUGAGCGAGCUGGGAGAACUGGGCAUGGUCCAGUUCAGAGACCUGAACCCAGACGUCAACGUGUUCCAGCGCAAGUUUGUGAACGAAGUGAGGAGGUGUGAGGAGAUGGACAGAAAACUGAGGUUUGUGGAGAAGGAGAUCAAGAGAGCCAACAUCCCGACUGUGGACACUGGAGAGAAUCCAGAGGUGCCGUUCCCCCGAGACAUGAUCGACCUAGAGGCCACGUUUGAGAAGCUGGAGAACGAGCUGAAGGAGAUCAACACCAACCAGGAAGCCCUGAAGAAGAACUUCCUGGAGCUGACGGAGCUCAAGCACAUUCUCCGUCGAACGCAGCAGUUCUUCGACGAGAUGGAAGAUCCCAACCUGUUGGAGGAAUCGUCAGCGCUGAUGGAAGGCAGCGAGGGGGGGCGCGGGGCUCCCCUCAGACUGGGGUUUGUGGCCGGAGUGAUCAGCAGGGAGAGGAUUCCCACCUUUGAACGCAUGCUGUGGAGGGUGUGUCGCGGCAACGUCUUCUUAAGGAAGGCGGAGAUCGAGGACCCUCUGGAGGACCCCACCACAGGAGACCAGGUCCACAAGUCAGUAUUCAUCAUCUUUUUUCAAGGCGACCAGCUGAAGAACAGGGUGAAAAAGAUCUGCGAGGGGUUCCGUGCUUCCCUCUAUCCGUGUCCAGAGACCCCACAGGAGAGGAAGGAGAUGCUCGCUGGAGUCAACAGCCGCAUCGACGACCUCCAGAUGGUCCUGAACCAGACGGAGGACCACCGCCAGCGGGUUCUGCAGGCCGCGUCCAAGACCAUGCGCGUUUGGUUCAUCAAGGUGCGGAAGAUGAAGGCCAUCUACCACACGCUCAACCUGUGCAACAUCGACGUGACCCAGAAGUGUCUCAUCGCCGAGGUGUGGUGUCCUGUGUCCGACCUGGACUCCAUCCAGUUCGCCCUGCGCAGAGGGACGGAGAGGAGCGGCUCCACGGUGCCGUCCAUCCUCAACAGGAUGCAGACCAAGCAGACGCCCCCGACCUUCAACAAGACCAACAAGUUCACAUCUGGCUUCCAGAACAUCGUUGACGCCUACGGCAUCGGGAACUACCGGGAGAUCAACCCAGCUCCCUACACCAUCAUCACCUUCCCCUUCCUGUUUGCCGUGAUGUUCGGCGACAUGGGCCACGGCCUGCUGAUGACCUGCGCCGCCCUCUACUUGGUGCUCCGCGAGAGUCGCCUCCUCGCCCAGAAGAGCGACAACGAGAUGUUCAACAUGGUGUUCGCUGGCCGCUACAUCAUCCUGCUGAUGGGGCUCUUCUCCACCUACACCGGCAUCAUCUACAACGACUGCUUCUCCAAGUCGCUCAACAUGUUCGGCUCCGGGUGGAGCGUCCGGCCCAUGUUUGGCCCCAAAGGAGCCAACUGGUCAUUUGAGACACUGGAAGUAAAUUCAGUCCUACAGCUGGACCCGGCUGUGCCCGGUGUGUUUGGUGGACCCUACCCCCUUGGAAUCGACCCGAUCUGGAACGUCGCCACCAACAAGUUGACCUUCCUCAACUCGUUCAAGAUGAAGAUGUCGGUCAUCCUGGGCGUCAUCCACAUGCUGUUUGGAGUGUCUCUGAGCCUCUUCAACCACCUGUACUUCAAGAAGCCACUGAACAUCUUCCUGGGCUUCAUCCCAGAGAUCGUCUUCAUGUCCAGCCUGUUCGGCUACCUCGUCCUGCUGGUCUUCUACAAGUGGACGGCGUAUGACGCCUACACCUCCAGGGAGGCUCCCAGCCUGCUCAUCCACUUCAUCAACAUGUGUCUCUUCAACUACAACGACCCCACUAACAAGCCCCUCUACAGGGGACAGAUGGGGAUCCAGGUUUUGUUGGUGCUGAUUGCCCUUGCAUGUGUACCAUGUAUGCUGAUAGUGAAAACUUUGGUGCUUCGGCGCCAGCACCUGUGGAAAUUGCACCUGUCCCAGAAGAGGGAAGAAACCCCUGCAGAGAAUCUAGAGCAAUCUUUAGAGCAAACAGACGUGUCCUCAUCAUGCACCGGACUCACCCAACAGGGCACGCAGAAGUUCGGCGGGGUGCGGGUGGGCAACGGGCCCACGGAGGACGAGGCUGGCAUCAUGGAUCACGACCAGCUUUCCCAGCACUCAGAGGAGGGGGAUGAGCACUCAGAGGAAGAGCCGUUUGACUUUGGGGACGUAGCGGUCCACCAGGCCAUCCACACCAUAGAGUACUGCCUGGGCUGCAUCUCCAACACCGCCUCCUACCUGCGCCUCUGGGCCCUGAGUCUCGCUCAUGCACAGCUGUCGGAGGUGCUGUGGUCCAUGGUGAUGCACCUGGGCCUGUCCUCCCGGAGCGGCGGCGGGUUCUUCGGGCUGUCCAUCGUCUUCUCGGCCUUCGCCGCCCUCACGGUCGCCAUCCUGCUCGUCAUGGAGGGGCUGUCGGCCUUCCUGCACGCCCUGCGUCUGCACUGGGUGGAGUUCCAGAACAAGUUCUACUCCGGCCUAGGCUUCAAGUUUGUCCCGUUCUCAUUUGAGAGCAUCCUGGAAGGACGAUUCGACGAGUGACCGGGCCCAGGGUCCCCAGCCUUCACAUCUCUCCCCCGCAUAUUUGUGUGUGCAUGAGCUCAUGUGGAGCCCUCUAUCUCCCUCUAGUGGUCACUAAUGGUCAUUCGCGUUUGUAAGCUGUUGUGUAGUUUUACUGGUACAGCAUCCUGUCCCUGCCCUAUGAUCAGCUGAUCAGUCAGAGGUACACAAGGUACCGUCUCAGAUGAAUUGGAAAAGAAUUCACCUGGAAUCCUGGGAAAAAAAAGUAUAGUCAUGAAACUACAUUAAAGGCUGAUGUUAAACUCCUUGAAUGUGGUGACACAAAAACACAACAAUAUUUUUGAGAAGGCAGAAGAGCUGAUAUCGUCUGUACUGUGAUCUUCCUCAUGCUAAUAUUUGGUGUAAACAUGUGUGAGUUAAAUGUGAAUGGAUUUGAUUUGUCUGAUGAUUGAACCUGUUGCCGUUUGAAUUUGAUUUUCAUUAGUUGUCUUGCAUCGGAAAACAGACUUGAGUUGUUAAGUUUGGAAUGAAAUAUGUUUGCGUUUGAUGCUAAAAGGAUUCAGAAGAACAGAGCCUUUGCCUGGUCAGUGACUCGUGACGUGGAAGAUAAUGUGUUUGUGAUCAGUAAUAAAGAAGCUGGGGAUUCA